GCAGCAAGCUCUUCCUCUCAGUGGCCAUGACUGUUCUGCCAUUACUCCCCAUUCCCCUGGAGAGGGAAUCUUUUAGAUUCUUUGUUUCCUUUCUUGUGUGAUGAAAUCACACCACUCAUUUUUGCCCUUCUGUUUCUGUUUUCUCGCUCAGUGCCUGCAAGGACUGGAUUUUCUUCAUGCAAACGAUGUGAUCCAUCGAGACGUGAAGAGUGACAACAUCCUUCUCAGAACGGACGGUUCUGUCAAACUGGCUGAUUUUGGCCUCGCUACUCAGCUCACCCCUGAGCAGAGCAGACGGUGCUCGGUAACCGGGACUCCUUGGUGGAUGGCGCCUGAAGUGGUGACAGGUCAACCAUAUGGCCCCAAAGUGGACAUAUGGUCUUUUGGAAUUGUGGGAAUUGAAAUGAUAGAACAAGAACCUCCUUACUUGGGCGAAAGUUCUGGCACGGCUACAUACCUGAUAGCCACAGUAGGGACUCCACAGCUGCGGCAGCCCAAGCUCCUCUCGGCUUUGCUGCGUGACUUCCUGAGCUGCUGCCUGCAGACAGACGAGGAGCAGCGCUGGUCUGCCAAGGAGCUCCUGCAGCAUCCAUUUGUAACUUCAGCCAAGCCACCAUUCAUCCUGGCACAAGUCAUCAACUCAGUGAAGAAGACGAAUAACCCUAAACUCUAAACCUAAAACCUAACCCUAACCUUAAAUGCUAACCCAAACCCUAACCCUAUCCCUAUCUCUAUCCCUUACCCUUUCCCUUACCCUUUCCCUAACCCCAACCCUAAGCCUAAGCCAAAGCCUAAGCCUAAGCCUAAGCCUAAACCUAAGCCUAAGCCUAAGCCUAAACCUAAGCCUAACCCUAACCCUAGGAGACGAGAACAUAGCAAUCAUGUCAAGAUGUUAUCUCUGUUACCAAUUUAGAGUAGGAUUGUAGAGUAGGGUUGCUUAAGAGAUUUGUAGCAUAGAAUUAUAGAUUAGAAUUGUAAUUAAUAAAGUUUCUGAAACAUCAA